AAAGAGCCAAAAAUUAUAAUUUCGUAUAAUUCAUAAAAAUGUCAUUUGCACUCGAUCACGAUAAUUAUUAUUAUUAUUAUCGACGUCAUCCCUGUCGGGCGCGUCGUGUCCAUCGUAGUCGUUCUCGUCGUCGCCAAAUUUCGAGCCGUCGUUUACGCGACUCGCACGAUCGAUGAUAAUCGUAUUAACCGACAACUCUGUAUAUGUGAAAUCCACUACUAGCUACAAUACCUGCAACAGCAGCAGCCGCCUCAUGCACACAUGCGGUGCGCGGCUGUUGUGCUGCGUUAUAUAUGUCUAUAUAGAGCGAGAGAGAGGCAGAGAUUGAGAAUCGAUUUGACCGGGGACGAGAGGAGCGAGUGAGAGAGAGAGAGAGAGAGAGAGAGAGAGCUUUAACUCUUGCCGAGAGAGCAGCACGCGCGGGCGUGAUAUGUGUGCGUGCGGCCCUAUAUACACGCUCGUGCUGUACUACAUACAUAUAUAAACGUAGGGUCGGGCUGCAAAAUCUGGCACAAGCCAUCGCCCCGUUCUCUCGACGCGCCGCGCUUUGCUCUUCUCUCGUGGCACGGGAGAGCUUUUUUUUUCACCUUCACUCCUCCUCUUUUUUUCUUUCUUUUUUUUUUUUGACUCUUAAAACUUUUUUUUUUGCCGCCACCGCCGUGCGCGCGAUGUAUCUCUUUUCUUCCGUGUUAUGGUUUUUUUUCUCUCUCUCCUCUGAUUCGAGAUUCGACUAUACGCGAGAAUGGUAUAUACAUAUGAAUGAUUUAUGCAUGACAGGGGCUGCGGGUUUUGCUUGUGUUCUUUUUUUUGGCUUCUAAUCGCAGUGGCAGCAGCAGCCGCGGCGACGGCAACUCGCGCUCGCAUGUGUGUGUGUGUGUCUUUGUACGUAUGUGUGCAAUGAGUUUUUGCCCCAUGCACUCAGCAGCGGUAUAACAGCAGCACACCAGCAGCUAGCUAGCUGAUCGCGUGGUUCAAAAACAGCGGAGCGCGCCGAACUCGAGCGAGCGAGCGAGUCGUGCGCCGAGCUAAAGCUUGUCAUGCGAAGCGAGCCAAAGAGCAAUCGAUAUACUACUCGGAUUAUUAUUUUUUUUUCUUCUUCUCUCUCCAUGUAUGUGUAUAUGUGUUGAAUUACACGCUGAAAAGUACGUAGAUUAAACUUUUGCACUCGUCAAAUUCGCGAGCCGUGGUGGUGGAAAUUCUCGCAGCACGCGCGCGACGUAUCAGUUGCGCAAAAUGCAUGUGUAUAUGAAAAUGCUUGUGCCGAGCUGAAUUGGGUGCAGCUUUUUUAAAUUAAUCUUUUUACCUCGAACGCGAUUCAAAUUUUUGGAAAAGCUCUGAUACUCGUGCAUGCGAGAAUUUCCGUUACUAGCUGCUCGAUAGAUAUUAUCCCUUAGACCCUGUUUUUUUUCAUACUAACAUUGCAUCCUGCAUCCCAAAUGAUGUAUAAAUUUACCUUGGCCUCAAGAUCGUAUAAAACAUUAUCACUCAUGGUACGUGACGGGCUUUCAUAAUGAAAGACGCGAAUAAGAGAAAUUCGGAGUCGCGACAAAUCUUGUGACACGCCUCUUGAGGUCAAAAGUGAGGCAAAAAGCAAAAGCCCACAUUAUAAUUAGAUUUAUGAAACCACCCCCGCCAGCAUGUCUUUCAAUAACAAUUAAUAAUAUUACGCUCAACUUUUUGAUAUGAAAUCUACAUAUUAGAUACUGUAGCAGUAUAUACGAAAUUUGGAUCCUUCUGUACAUAGCGAAAGAGCGAAAAUAGUGCAGACACGUAAUUACGGGAGGAAAAACAGAGAGAGACAGAGAGAGAGAGAAGUAGAGACUCUUCAAGUCCCUCGUCGGAAAUAAAUGUCGACAAACACAAGUCAAGGAAAGAAGAGUAAGCUUUAAAAAGUUGAAUGUAUCCACGUCCGCGUUCGCCUAGCUCUCGCGCGCGCGUAUAUGGGCUAGCGUUUAUAUAUACACAGAGAGCAAUGAAUGUGUAAUAGUUUUGUUGACGCAAGCACUCAACAAGUUUAAAUGACGAGAGAGAGAGAGAGAGAGAGAAAGGGCAAGGUUUUCUUUCUCUCUCGAACUCUUCGCGCGCUCGCCAAACUAAAAGUCCAUCACGAGGCUGUUACAGUCGUUCUUCUUACCUGAUUCCUUCGGCCGCGCUUGCCCGAGCUAAUUCUUCGAGGAUUUGGGAAUUAAUUCCCCGUCAAACUAUACCUACCUACUACUACUCUCUGCGCGAGGUCUUAUCUAUCUGUCUCCCCUGAAAAUUUUCCCUAACGUACGUGUCUGCACUGAAAUAACUCAAUGAGUUAUGAGGUGAGCUUACUCGGCUGGAAAAUAUACGUAUACGCGGUUGGUUGAAAAAAAAGGAGGAAAAGAGAGGAAGAUUCACUAUAUAUAACUCGCGUCUAUUAUCUCUCACUGAUUCGCGGGGGCUAUGGAGCGCUCAUUUAUUCAACGCGUCAUUCUUUUGGGCGGGACGCUGAAUCAGUCAUCGUCGCAGCAGCAGCAGCAGCAGCAACGACGGCUGCUGCUGAGACUCCGCGGCAAGCUGAAAAUUCAAUUCAACGAGAACUCGUGGCUCUUUUUACUCGUCGUCGGUAUACCGUGCUGCUGGAGAGGCUAUAGGGCACAAAAUUCGUAGCCUUGCUCGCACACACACACACCUACAUACGUACAGCACGUGGGGCUAAUAUAACGCGAGCGCGCGCGAGCUGCAUCGAGUUUACCUAUAUAUACGUAGCCCGAGCUUAAACUCUCUACUGAGAGAGAGUGAGAGAGAUAAUGCGGUUACCGCUGUGUGUGCGAGUGUAGAGCAAAUGAAACUUUUCAUCGGAUUUUCGCGUAGAGAAGGAGUUGCAGGGCGCUUAGAGCUUCGACAGAGAGGGGGCAGGAGAGAGAGCAAGAGAGAUAGAGAGCCCAAGUAACAGCUCUCGGGGCUCGACGAGGUCUCUCUCUCUCUCGCGCGCGCGUGCGGCAGCAGCAGCAGCAUCCCGAGUAUACACGUGUAUAAACUGCCAACGCCGAAUAAGAACAUUAUCCAAAUGAUCAACUUCGUUUUGUGUAUAUUUACAUAUAUUUGCAGCAGCAACGAGUGAGCGAGCGGGGCGCAACGCGCGUUUUGCAACAGAAAGACAGAGAGAGAGAGAGAGCUUGCAAGCACGACUCGGUGUGCUUUUCGAGUACUCGGGUCGUGGCAAAUUCGGUUCUUGCUUGUACCGUACUGUACCGCGCGCAAAACCGGAAAACAUUGAUUUCCCAGCCGAGUUGUAAGUACACACACACAUUUUGGUAAAAGGUAAAGCAGUAUAUACAGGAGAGCAGAAAAAGCAUAAAUUUUGCAUGCACGUUAGAGAACGAGUGUGUGUGCGUGUCUGUGUGUACGUGAAUAUGACUGGAAUACAGUCGAAUCUCGAAAAAAAAUUGAAAAAAAAAAAACCUGACCAAAUUCUUACCACUCUAUUUUUGCAGCCCUCCCGCGCGAAUCGCGUAUUCUCGGGGUUUAGAUCAAUUAGUACAGCGCGUUUAUGGGUGUACGAGCUUGGGAUACGCUGCACCGUACGCGGCAUACAAAAACAGAAAUAUACUAUGAUAUUCAUAACACGCAUACGUCUCUCUCUCGUGUGCCGCCGCCACCGACGCCGCCGCCGGUGCAUGUGCAGUAGUAACUCAUUUGGGCAAGCGGGUCGCGCGUGGGCCGUAGUAUUAUAGUAGCAGUUGUGUGGACGCGCGGGACGAUGACGAUGCGACGCACACGCCCCGCGCACAAUUAAACAACAACAAUUACAUUAACGACAACGAAGUCAUGUAUAGGCUGUGAUAUGUACAUAUUCAUGCGUUUAUGAUAUAGCAUCUCUAUAUAUAUUAUAUAAAUAUAAUACUCUGCACGAGAUGCAGUUAUACGGGGGAAAAGUUUCGGCGGAACAACGAAUUUGUUAAUUGCUCGUGUUUAAUUUGUGUGAGCUUGCGCGCGCGUAUAUAUUUGUAUGUGUAUGCGUACGUUUCGAUAUGUAUGAGCUUGUGUAUGAGCGCGAGUUGUUGCGAUUACAACAACGUGUACUGUACUGUAUUUCGUUCAAUUAUGUAUCGUGUAGUAGUCGCGUUAUUAUUAUACAUACGUGUUUGUGAAACGAGCUUACUACAUUCUUUAAUAAGUACUUGCGGUCGAUCUAUGACAAUUACAUAUUGUUGUGUAUACUUUUAAAAAAAGGGGAAUUAGCGUACUCUACUAUAUAGCGCGAACGGAAUUUUUAUGUAUAUUUCUUGAUACUACAUAACGUUCUACAAAAUUGUGUGUGUGUAUAAAUAUGCGAGGAGAGAGAAACGGCCCCACAAUCCGUGAAUCCUCCCUCUGUGCGUUCGAACGAGGCAUAAUACGUAUAUUUUUCUGAGAAAACAAUGAAGAUAAUCGGUAAAAUACGUCCAUGUAGUGAAGUAAAACAAAAAAAAAAAAUAAAUAAAAAUAAAUAAACAGAAAAAAUAGCAGCUAGAAACAUGGGUCCAAUGAUCGCGCGAUGUAGCUUGUGCGCAGCAGCUCAAUACGGAGAGAAAGCUUCGCGCGCGUAAGAGAGUAAAAAAGGCUUAAAAAAAGAAAAAAAAAGAAAAGAAAAAAGGGCACUCAGCAGAGACACUUAAAAGCACGAAAGCAUCCAACGACAUUUCGAAGAUGGCUCAUGCACGUUUUCAUCGCGCGCGCAUGUGUGUGUGCGCGUGCGCCCGUGUAUGUGCGAGUUUGUGUUUGUGUGUGUAUGUCGCCCAUCCAAUGUGUCGUCACUGAAGAUAUCUAUGCAUCCAGCGCACCCUGCAGCAGCCGAAGCAGAGUGUUGGGCGCUGAACUGCGAAUUUUUCCCUUUUCCCUCUGCUACCGACUUAAUCCGUAUGAAAAAUGCACGACAAAUCAUUCGUAUUUUCUUAUACUUAAAUAGUAAUCCGUGGCUAAAAGCGUAUGGGACCAAUAAUCGUUCAAUUAACGUCUAAAUAUAUUCUUGAGAAAAAAAAUGAAAAAAAACGUUGAAAAAAAAAAAAUAAAACUGUGCAUAAUCGUAAAUGCUACUGUAAAAGCUCGGGAAACCCGGAGAGAGAAAGAGACUCUGUACACACACAUAUCGAUCGUCUCCACCAUAUAAGCGAGGGGGUAAAAACUCUCCUCGCAGUGCAGCAACGGCAGCGACGUGUGUGCGACGGACAGGGUGAAACAAGGUCGAGGAGUCGUCGUCGCAUGCAUGUGCACUUUUGCCUCUAACCCUCGUCUCGUCGUCGUGUGUUGUGCGAGCGAUCUGCGUAUGGCGCGCGCGCGUCCGCGAUCGCGUGAGCGUAAGCUGCAAAGCGAAAAAUAAAUAAGCUGGAAAAAUAAAAAUUAUUAUUUUUUCGCGGGCACGAAAGAGCGACGACGGGAUGCCGCGUUUUGCGACUCGAAAAUAAUUGCAUCAUUUGAAGAUUUGACAAAUCGAAACGACGACGACGAUGCCACCUGCUGUGAAGCUCGAUAUAUUUUUUUUAUGGGCCACUGCACGUGCUCGUCGCAUUCCCUUUUGGUGGACCAAGGGUCGGGAUUGGAGAUAAACAAGAUGGACCAGCAGUAUUGCCUCCGCUGGAACAAUCAUCCAGCUAACUUAACUGAUGUACUGAGCUCGCUACUGGCUAGGGAAGCACUUUGCGAUGUCACUUUGGCCUGUGUCGGAGAAACCUUCAAAGCUCACCAAACAAUUUUGUCAGCAUGCAGCCCUUAUUUCGAAAAUAUCUUCCUAUCAAACAUUCAUCCACAUCCAAUAAUCUUCCUCAAGGAUGUCAAUGACACAGAAAUGAGGGCACUCUUGCACUUUAUGUACAAGGGUGAAGUCAAUGUCAGUCAAAAUUUGCUACCCAUGUUUCUCAAAACAGCUGAAGCAUUGCAAAUUAGAGGUCUCACUGACAAUGGUGUACAAAACAAGAGCGAUGGCAAAAGCCCAAGCCCUGAACCUGAAACACAACCUCCUCAAAGGCCCACAGACUCUCCGCAUAGCCAUAGUACAAAUGAAAAGCGAAAACGAAGAACAUCUGGAAAUUAUGACCCAAUGCUAAUACCUGGAGACAGAUUCCAUUCAGAUUCUCAGGCAUCUUCUCAAGGUAGCUACAAAUCAAGUCCUACAGUUCCAAAGACAAACAACACAUUGGCAGGAGAUUUAGAUGAUAGUGCACGUUCAACUUCUCCAGCAACACACAAUCAAGGUUCCAUAAAACAGGAAAUUGAACAUCAAAUAUCUGAUUUCCAUGAAAGCUUGCCGCUACCUACCCACCCAGUCAGUUUAUUAAACGAAGAUAGUGGUCCUGCACCUCCACAGCUCAACGACAGCAACGCAAGUCUGGAAGCGCCCGAACAUCACAAUCCUCGAGAAAUCAUUGACGGACUUGAUGUGACGAGGCACCUUGAAAGAAUCUACGAUCCCUCUCCCCGUGAUAGUGCUUGUUCUAAAGCCUGGCACAUGCGGCUGACCUUUGACAAGGUGCCAGGCAGCUGCAACCUACACAGGUGCAAGAUUUGCGGCAAACACGUGACGCACAUCAGGAACCACUACCACGUCCACUACCCCGGCAGGUUUGAGUGUCCUCUCUGUCGUGCCACUUACACGCGCAGCGACAAUCUUCGCACGCACUUUAAAUUCAAACAUAGCGCAGAGAGCGAAAAAAACGCCGACACGAAAGACCACGCGAACGCUCAGUUGCAACUCGCCGCGACGGCGCAUAACGACACCAUGAACACGCUCUCCUAAGGCCGUCUUCUUCUCCGUGACCGACGCCGUCGCCGACGACGCCUCAUGCUACUACAACAACAACAACAACAACAACAAAAACACAACAACAAUCAUGGUAGUAGUAGUGCUCCUCUGAGCGUUAACGUCGCGGCGGCGCUAGGCGGUGCUGAUCAUCGUCGUCGUGCAACGUCGUCGUCGCUGCUAGUAGGCGCGUCGUCGUCGUCGUUGUCGUCGCCCUCCUCGCCGUCAUUGCCGUUGUUGCCGCUUCCUCCGCCGCCACCCUCGUCGUCGUCGUCGCCGUCGUCGCCUUCGUCGUCUUCUUCGUCGAGCUGCUACAACUAUCAUAACUACUACUACUAUUAUUAUUACUACCAUCAGUACUUCGGUGCGUGAGGAAAUAACAUAACAAUUAUCCGAAAGAAAAAUAGAGAAUGAUUAAAAGAAAAAAAAAAGAAAGAAAGAACCUUGUGCGAUUGACGAGAGUGAAAUACCAAGUAUGGACGAAUGCGUGCGCGAUGAUUACUCAAUGGUGCUCGAUUCUCCAAGAUAGAGAUCGAGAACGAUAUUAAUAGUUUUUUUUCUUAACAUAAGAAGACUAUUCAGGGGGCUCAUCAUUGAAUUUUAAUCGUGAUCUAUUGAAGAUUUAUUUUGUUUGUUUUUUAAUGAUAUUAUUUUAUAUAUCUUGCACACGCGCGCACACAUGCAGCAAUCAUGAUAUUUUCGAGCCCAACGGCUCGUUGCAAACAACCAAAUCACCAAACAGAUUCUCAAAUCGUUGUUGGGCUCAGUCUCUCUCUUUCUCUCUUUCUCGACUUUGUCGAUUGGGACACGCUGGUCCCGAGUACACAAUGUGAUAUUUGAUUUAUUGUAUAUUGUAUAGAAUGUAUUGUAUAUUGAAUAUUGAUAUGCGUGAUGUGCCUAUUUAAGCGUAUGUCAAUCGAGACAUCAAUAUUUGAAGCGUGACCUAUACGAGCGAAAUAUCGAGCACUGUUGGUCUUCAUCGGGUCUCCUCCUGGCCGAGCUAGUAGUCAGAGUCCGAUUCGUCCUUCUUUAGGCGGCAAGUCUGCAAGUUCCGCGCCAAAGGCGAAAGCUUUUAAGAACGUGUACGCGCGAAAAGCUGCGCUUAGUUAGGAAUUUUUCUUUCAUUACUUGGUAUUUCUUUCCAACUGCGUUGAUUCCUGUUGUCCCAAGCGGAGAAGGAGUGAUUGUUUGUUUUUCGAGUAAGAUGAAAAUGUUUUUAGAAUAGCAAUAGUGGAAAAGCGAACCGUAUAAAUAAGGAUGCAUUUAAUUGUUGUAUUUGGAUUGAUUAUAUAGUUUUUGUUAUUGCUGUAAAGCCGGUUCGCGAAGCGCUGUUGCCAAAAUAAAAAGUAGCAGCGAUUAUCAAUCGAUUGAUCGCUGCUAUUUUUCUUAAUUAUACACACUUAGGUAGAUAGAGUUUUGUCAAUUUUUUUUGAGCUUUUGUGAUCUAGGUAGUAGUAGGAGAAAAAAAAUGCGAGAGUCAAAAUCUCGAUGAAAAUCUAAUCGAGGAAAAUAAUUUUCUCUUCUUUCAUUUUGACGCGAACAUUAAAUAUGUAGCCUUCGGCGAAGACGAUAAGAGACGUAAGUAAGAAGCGGAGAACGCAAUAUAUCGGGAGCAAACUUGGUGCCAAUUCCUCUCGGUUGCACUUCUAAGUUAGAAACUUAAAUAUAUUUACUGGGGAUUUGAAAGUGAAUAAGUUGUCAGAUUUUUAUAUAUAAAAAAAAAGAAUUAAUUACUAAUAUAAAUCGUUAUGUGAAGAAAUCAGAAAAAAGCGAAGUAAUAUAUUAAUUAUUUAUAUUAAUGUUCUUAACAGUAGGUUAACAUUCAUUUUCUCGUGCAAAUACACAAGUUGAGCUGAGUACAUUUUGUUUUUGCUAAAACUCAAAUCUAAACUUUAUAUUACAUAGUCGCUGUGGUUAUUGGCUUUCGGUAUCGUAACAUACAAAUAAAAUAACUUUUUGCAGUUAAUUUUCAUUUGUUUGUACUUCUGAUACUUUGAAAAACUGCCACAAAAUUAAUCAAUUGAGAUAUAAUCUGCUCAAAUAGAUUUCAGCUUGAAAGGAAAUUUCAGAUUAUGACAAAUUCGCACAAGUUUGGAAAUUUGUAAAUAUUUUCAUUUAAAAAUGAUAGAAAAAGAUGACAUAUGAUUAUGAAUAAAUUAAUAAGAGUUAGCAAAUGAAAGUUGAAACAAUCACGGGUGUUAUUCGCCUAGCAACGAAUUUUAAAACUACGCUUUGUUACUUUUUUUGUAUUUGCGUAUGUUUUUUUAGAUGAUUCAUCUUUCAGACAUUUGAAUUAUUAGUAAUUUAAACUAUAAUUUGAAAGUUGUCAGUAAAAAAACAUUGAUGCAGUUUUUUAUAUAAAAAAACGAUAAUAGUAAUGAAAUAACCGCUUAGAUUCUUACGUUAAAUAUUAUGGAUAAAACAUUAUGUUGACUGCACACCGCAAAUAAUAGUGGAAAUGAAGAAUAAUAACAUUCCACGACCGGGGACUUAAAUGUGCGUAUAUAGAAGAACACCGUUAAUAUACAAAUGGUUUCCGUUCUAAUUGUCUAUUGGAAGAUGACUUAUAGUAAUAUAUUUUAUACACCAUGUAAUCAGAAGCUAUUUAAAGAAAAAUAACUUAUUAUUGGUUGGCGAUAGAGUUAUUUUAUCGACAGAAUAUCAUUUUAUCUAAGGGGAGGUUAAACUUUAUAGUCACAACAUGUCGUUGCACGUUGAUUUUUAUAAUUAUUAAUAUUUUGUUCAACUUCCAUCGGUUAAGGUGCAAUCCGUUGUUUUUGUUUAUAUAUUUUUUCUUAAAGAUUAAUUUAUUGAAUAUUAUAUAUUACAUUUAAAAGACAAAAUAAUAGUCACACACAUACAUAAUUUACACUUACAUUAUUACACGAAGAAAAGCAUCAUCAAAGCUUUUUUUGUUAUUGUAGAUGAUAAAAAGCGCGAUUAAUGUAUAUGUUCGUGGUUGUUAUAGGUCGUCAGUGCGGGUACCGAAUUCUUAAAAAGUUGACGAAAAAAAUUGAAUUUUCUAAAGAGGGAAUAAAUCAUGUUAACGUGCAGCAUCUUCAAAAGUAGAUUCAUUGAAAAAAAAAUUAUUUUGUCAUUGUUUUAUAUUCUUGAUCCAAAAGAUUUAGUACAUUUGAAGUUAAAUGUAUUCGAAAAAACCCACUUCUCUCUGCACACUUUUUAAAUAUCACCUAUCCAAAAAAAAGUAUGCUAAUCAACUAAAGCGUAAUAGUACAUGUAGGAGUAUCGAAAGAAAUUGUGGAUAUAAAUUAAUUAAUUACUAAUGCUAAAUAAUUGACAGAACAGAUUUUAUUGAAAUAUUUAUUGCGCAGAUUCUUAUUCGCUAAUCCCUUUAUAUACAAUAUAUAUUACAAAUUGGAUUUAUUUUAUUUUAUGUUACCGUUUUAAUGAUUUUAUAUAAACUGUUGUUACUGGUUGACGAGAAUAUAAAAUGAUAAAAAAAAGGAUUUAUAUUAAUAAUAAUUAUAAUUACUCAUAGACAACAGCUAAACCCAUCUAUAUUGCUUUUUUGUGCUUACACUUAGAUAAACACUUAUAUUUCUUUACUUUUGCAUAAAUUCUAAAUUAUAUUGUAUUUUUUAUCAUUGUAAAUAAUUCUAAGUAAAGUAAGCGCAAAAAUAAUCAGGCAAUGUCGAUAUUUUUUGCAAUAUUAAUGAAUUACAUUAAAGAAUAAUGAAAAAGAGUAAUAAUUUACCGUUACGCACCACAUGAAAGGCCUAUGAUCUUGACGCGACUUAGGAUAUGCAGAAAGUCAUACUGCACUUUUUGUAGUAUCCAUUAAAUUUUUUGUGCAAUGUUGAUUAAUUUACGUAAAUGUAUAGCUUUAAUAUUUCGUUAUUUCUUUUGCCGACAAUAAAAAAUAAUUGACUAAUUGAAUAUGAACCGCAAGUCAAUAUCAACGCUCAUUGCUCCCUUAUCAGCAAUACAAAGGAAUGUAUAGUACGGCCGUGUG